AAAGUAUAUCAUCUUUGCAUCUAUGUCCUCAGUGGUCAUUAUCCAUUCAUCUUCCCUUCACCACAUGUUCCUCGAUAUAUUUCAUCCAACUCGCUUUGUUCUUGGGACAUAACUCCAUGGCGGACACAGGAAAACCAGAGCCGACAUGGGAACAACUUCUCGGCAGUAACAACUGGGAUACUCUUCUCGACCCCCUCAACCUCACCCUCCGCCAACUCAUCCUCCGCUGCGGUGACUUCUGCCAGGUAACCUAUGAUUCCUUCAACAACGACGAGGGCUCCAAGUACUGCGGCAGCUGCCGUUAUGGUAAAUCCACUUUCUUCGACAAAGUCAUGCUCGAAUCCGCGUCCGAUUACGUUGUCUCUUCCUUCCUUUACGCCACCGCGCGCGUCAGCAUCCCCGAGGCCUUCCUCCUCCACUCCCAGUCUCGCGAGAACUGGGACCGCGAGUCAAAUUGGAUUGGCUACAUAGCCGUGACUUCUGACGAACGAACGAAAGCCUUGGGCCGCCGCGAGAUCUACGUUGUCUGGCGCGGCACCACCAGGAACUACGAGUGGGUCGAUAUCCUUGGCGCAGAGCUCACUUCCGCUGAAUCCCUCCUGAGCCCAAUUACUCCGAACGGCGGAUCCGGAAGCAGCACUAGCAACCAAGACGAUGACAAGGAGAAGACCCCUAAAGUGAUGCUGGGUUGGCUGACGUUGUACAUCUCCGACGACCCAAAAUCGCAAUUCACCAAAGUAAGCGCGAGGACCCAACUUCUGGACAAGAUCAAAUCCAUGACAGAGCAAUACAAAAACGAGAACCCCAGCAUCAUAUUCACCGGGCACAGUCUUGGGGCAUCCUUGGCCGUCAUUAGUGCUUUCGAUGUGGCGGAGAACACAUCGGGUAAUAUUCCGGUAAGUGCUUUUGUGUUCGGUUGUCCACAAGUCGGAAACAAGGCUUUCAAGGACAGAAUAGAACAGCAUAAAAAUUUAAACAUUCUUCACAUCAAAAACACCAUUGAUCUCAUACCCCAUUAUCCCUCCCAAUUGCUGGGUUAUGUAUAUAUUGGAACGGAGCUGUUGAUUGACACGAGGAAGUCGAAGAGCUUGAAGGACUCGAAGAAUCCUGGCGACUGGCAUAAUUUGCAGGCAAUGUUGCAUAUAGUGGCGGGGUGGAAUGGUGAGAAGGGAGAAUUUGAGCUCAAAAUCAAGAGGAGCUUGGCGCUGGUGAACAAGUCUUGUGAGUUCCUCAAAGACGAGUAUUUCGUGCCGGGGUCGUGGUGGGUGGAGAAGAACAAAGGGCUUGUGAGGAAUAACGAUGGAGAGUGGGUCAGUGCUCCACCGGCUAACGAGGACCUACCAUUCCCAUAAUCAGUUUGAAAAGUACUUGUUGUAUUUUUUUUUUUUUUUUGACCAAGGGCAAUAAUUAAUAAAUUAAUUUUAUUAGUUAUUAAUAAUUGAAAAUUUGAUUUUUAAAUUUAAAUUUAAUGAUCAUUCCACUUUUUUUUAUUUUGAUUAGGACGCAACCAUCAAAUCGUUUGGUGGAGUUUAUGUUGUAUAUGUGAUCAGACGAGUUUGAAUGGGCAUAUGUGUAUCGGCAUGUGUAUAUACGGUAUUGAUCCAUGUGAUAGAACGUUGUUGGGCUGUGCCUUUUUCAAGUGGUCUAAUAAUAUUUUGUGCUAGUU